AUUUUUAGCUAACUUCUUCUUCCACCAACCCCCAUUCGCGUCGUUCAUCGACAUCUGAGAGCAGCCUUGGCUAGCUCGUUCGAACAUUUCUGAACCAUAAUGCUUCGCGGAUUGGCUUUGGACUUGCUCAGCGUUUCUUCGCGGAGGCCAUCCUACCUCAAGGCCUGUCCAAAGCGAGACACUUUUGCCGCAACCUGGAGUACCCGUGGGUUUCACCGGUCGAUACCGACCAGACACGGAGGGAUUGAUAGACCAAAACCCGGAACGGGUAUCGUUAUUGACUUCAAAGAUUCCAAAGGAACGUUAAUAAAAACCGUCGAAGCUAAUGAAGGGGACGACAUUCUCUCUAUCGCGCAUGAGUACGACAUUGACUUGGAAGGCGCGUGUGAGGGCUCAAUAGCGUGCUCAACGUGUCAUGUCAUAUUAGAGCAGGAGGUAUUCGACCAGCUGGAGGAGCCGGGGGAUGACGAAAAUGAUAUGCUGGAUAUGGCGUUUGGCUUGACGGAGACGAGCCGGCUGGGGUGCCAGGUGAAGGUGACCAAGGACAUACACGAUGGAAGAUGGGAGGUUAGGCUUCCGGCUGCCACGAGAAAUAUGUUCGUUGAUGGGAAAAGGGCAUCACAUUGAUAGCAUUGUUACUCUACGAGUCUGAUGUACCAGUAAUUGAUGAUAGGGCUAUUAUACGAAGCUCUCAGACGCCAUCACCUCAUAUUGCUAGCGUCACAUCCCUUUCUUCUGGAGCAGAGGUUUACCAGGAUCAC